AAGGAUUAUAGGAGAAGUAGUCUUAGUCUGCAUGAGGAACGCAAGGCAAGAGAGAGGGAGCUGGAAACCCUCAUUGUCUCCAAGAAGGAUUAUGGGAGAUGUAGUCUUAGUCUGCAUGAGGAACGCAAGGCAAGAGGGAGGGAGCUGGAAACCCUCAUUGUCUCCAAGAAGGAUUAUGGGAGAUGUAGUCUUAGUCUGCAUGAGGAACACAAG